AUGCCGAGCAAGAGUACCUUCCAUCACGAGACGCCAGUUCUGGUAGUUGGCGGAGGCCCUGUGGGGUUAAUUCUCUCCCUCCAGCUUGCUCGCUUUGGCAUCAAUUGUAUGCUGGCCGAACGCAAUUUGGAUACGACAAAAUGGCCUAAAAUGGAUUGCACCAAUUGUCGCAGCAUGGAAUUAUUCAAGCGCUUGGGGAUAGCCAGUGGUUUUCGAGAAAUAGAUGAUGGAGAAGAAGUAGCAAGAUGGAAACUGGAUUCCGUUGAUGCUUGGCGUCAACGGAUUAACGAGCAGAAUGAUGGUUCACUUCCACGAGAGCCAUAUCAGCGAUGCUCUCAGGCUGUCCUCGAAGCGUGGCUCAAACCUCGAAUUCAAGAUGAGGAAAUUAUUGACGAACAUUUUGGUCUCAAAUUUGAGUCAUUCACGGAGACAGAUGAUGGAGUAGAGUCAAUUCUCACCGACGUGACUACUGGCGAUCAGCACAUUGUUCAUAGCAAAUAUCUCGUGGGCUGUGAUGGGGCGGGUAGCCGUGUUCGUCGAUCAGCAGGAAUUGACCUUAUUGGUGGACCUGUUCCCGCGGCCAUGAUGUUGAUCCAUUUCAAAUCUCGAGAUCUUACCAAACUGCACAAAUUGGGGCAGUUUUGGCAUAUAGCGUUUGCAAAUGGAAGCUUCCUGAUUUCUCAAGAUGAGAUAGACACUUGGACGUUACAUGUUCCAAUUGCCAUCGGUGCUGAUUGGGAAAAGAUUGACCCGAUAGAAGCUAUAUAUAGAGGCUUAGGCACUCCAUCAACGCCAUAUCCUAUCAAAGUAGACAAAAUCCUUGUUAAAAGCGCUUGGAGGCCAAACAUUUUCAUAGCAGAGAGAUAUGCUUCUACCAGCCGGCGGAUCUUUCUUGCAGGCGAUUCGGCACAUCAAAACAUUCCCGCAGGGGGCUACGGGAUGAACACCGGCAUUGGUGAUAGCUUCGACCUUGGCUGGAAAAUCGCCGCUACUUUGAAGGGAUACGGUGGGAAAGCUCUCUUGGAGUCUUACGAACUAGAGCGUCUACCUGUUGCAACGCGGAAUAUUGAUCAGUCGGGUGCCUUUUGGGAAGUAUGGCGGCAGAUUUGGGACUGGAGCACCGAAGCUGACGUAGCAGUCCUUUUAUCACAGAGCAAGGAAGGGAAAGCGCUCAAAGGUAAGAUGGCAAAUUGGAUUUUGACAAAUAAUCUUGAGAACAAAGCUCAUGGUAUCGAGCUGGGCUACCGCUACAACGCAUCUCCUAUUGUUGUUCCUGAUACCGAGGUUGCAGAACCCAGAUGGGAUCUCGAUCAUUACAUUCCAUCGACUUGGCCAGGAGCUCGACCACCACAUGUGUUUCUUUCAGAUGGACACACUAGCAUCUUUGACUUAUUUGGACAAGGCUACACCAUUGUUGACUUUUCUGAGGAGGGUAAAUGGGCAGACGCUUUUGUUGAUGCCGCUCUACAGCUCAAAGUGCCUCUACACAAAGUUCACUUACCAAAAGAGAAGCACGUGCAGGCGAUCUGGGGGCGCGGUGCAGUUCUUGUGAGGCCUGAUGAUCAUGUGGCAUGGAGAGCUCCUCUCGGCGAUAAGACGCCUGUGGUAGAGGCGAUGGAUGUUCUAAAGAUUGCGGUAGGGCAGACAUCAAAUACGGAAGUUGGAGCAGCAAUUGAGUACAAAAGUAAGGUACUGGGGGAUAUUUACAAGAAAGGAUUUUCAGGAACAGUUGGAAACACGAACCAAGAUGAGGUAGCCAUGAAAGCUGCGUUUCAGAAAUAG